AUGGACAAGGUGACGGGGCGGGAGAAGGAGGAGGAGGCGCGCUGGCAGCGCCAGCAGGAGGAGAAGAACAAAUCCGUCUUUCAGAAGUGGUCGGAUCGGCUGAACGAGGCGGCGGGCGGGGGGCCCGAGGCGGAGAAGACGGAGGAUUUGCUGGAUAAGGCAAUCGACGCCUACCAAGAGCACGUCAUGCACGAAGGGCCGCAGGACAACGAGUCGGCCAUCGAGCAGGCCAAGGACGAGUUCAUCUCGGACUAUAUCCGCCGCAUGUACAAGGCCAAGACGGGGCACGAGUUUCCAAUUCAUGAUAAAUGA